AUGACCUUAACAAAGGCGGAUGUGAUGAGGAUUCAGGCUACACCUCCAUCUCAUUACGAUAAUAUCAAAGAAGGCCCAGUUUCAUCUGUCGCAAGAGCUUGGUUGUCGAUGAAGAAUGGGGAACCUCAGUGGAUAGUCAUCAAGUCGGCCCCUGUGAUUCGCAAGUUUUCCAGGGAGCCUCAUGACAUUCGCAAAGAACUGAGGAUCUUGACGGAGCUCUCCCAUCGGAAUAUCAUCUCUGUGUUGGGUAGCUUCGAUGACGAGGAAACCGACACGCUCAAAGUGUACAUGCCCUAUAUUCCGAUCUCCUUGGCCGACCUCCUCUCUUCCCCAUACUUCUCCCCGCACCCAUUCCCGCCUCAAUUGCCACAGGAUCUGGUUGCUUUGCGAUUCCACGAAGCACAGUUCACCACGAUAUCCCGCUCAAUCAUCGUUCAAGUGCUGUGCGCCGUGGCUUAUCUCCACGACGAAUCUCGUCGAAUCGCUCACCGUGACAUAAAGCCCGAAAACAUCCUCCUCACCAAGGAUGGUUGUGUCAAGUUGAUUGAUUUCGGCGUGUGUUGGAAGGAGAAGGAACCAGGGUAUUCGAAGCAAUAUGACCUCUGGCCAGAAUACAGCGGAAAACUUUAUUUCGAAGUAUGCACUGGAGCCUACCGUGCUCCCGAGCUUCUGUUCGGAACUCGAGCAUACGAUGCUAUUGCGGUUGAUCUAUGGAGCUUAGGUGCCACCUUAGCAGAGUUCUUCACCCCCCUCCGGAUGUCCAGUGAUGACACUGAUGAUGACGGAGACGACGACGAUGGUGGGCACUGCCACGACGACGACGAUGACUCUACUGAACCCGGUAACGAGUCAAAUGGGGCAUCCAGUGACGGAGAAUAUGGAUCAUCGACACUCCAGCCCUUCAUCGUUCCCCGGUACCUGCGUAUAGGUUACCCAGACGCGCAAUGGCACCGGGAUACCUUGUUCAACGGGGAUCGUGGCGAGAUUGGUCUCGCGUGGAGCAUCUUCAAGAUUUACGGUACGCCCACCCUCGACAACUGGCCGGAAUUCGAUGACCUUCCAGGAGCGAAGAGCGUCGUCUUCAACGUGGUCCCAGCCGUCCCAGUUGAGCCUCUCCUCCCCAACUUGCCUCCUUCCACACGUUCUUCAUCGCCACUUGCCUCCCCUGCUUCUCACUGCAAUGGCGUUUUGAGCACGCCCAAGGCCUAUCGCCAUCCGGCUCUCGAUCCCAUUCGUAAAUCCACGCCUUUUGAUUUAUUGUCGAGGUUCCUCGUCUACCCAUCUGGCUCCCGCCAGACAGCUUCUGAAGCUCUCCGGCAUCCUUGGAUUACUGCCGACUCGGCGAUCCUCUUGCCUAAAGGAUACGAGUUCGAAAUGGGCGCUGGAGCGGGAGUUGAUCGGGACAACGUCGCGCAGUUGAAGAGGAUGAUGGCUCAUGAAUGGAAGGGCAAGUCUUUGGGAGAGCUGUUGCAUGGAGUGCUGUUGGCUCCUCCUGGUUCGGCGAAUCCGCGAUGGUAA